GCGCCGGGGAGCCCUGGGACAUGGCGCGGCCGGACGAUGAGGAGGGGGCGGCGGGAGCGCCCGGGCACCCGCUGGGGAAGGGAUACCUCCUGGUGCCGAGGGGCGCGCCCGCUGGGAAGGAGAGCGUGGAUCCGCACAAUGGACCGAAAGCUGGCUGCCUACCCCUGAAUGGGGUUCCCCGGGGCGGGCCUCAGACUCCGCUGGCCCCGGAAGAGGAUACCCAGGCCCGGCUGCUGCCCACGGGCCCGGGAGAGGAGACCCAGGCGGUCGAGGGCACCCUGCUGCCCCGGACUGCGCUCUCCGCGCGGCGCUUUGUGGUGCUUCUGAUCUUCAGCCUGUACUCGCUGGUGAACGCCUUUCAGUGGAUCCAGUACAGCAUCAUCAGCAAUGUCUUUGAGGGCUUCUACGGCGUCACCUUGCUGCACAUCGACUGGCUGUCUAUGGUGUACAUGCUGGCCUAUGUGCCCCUCAUCUUCCCCGCCACCUGGCUGCUGGACACCAGAGGCCUGCGGCUCACCGCCUUGCUGGGCUCCGGCCUCAACUGCCUGGGCAGCUGGAUCAAGUGCGGCAGUGUGCAGCCGCAUCUCUUCUGGGUCACCAUGUUGGGCCAGUGCCUGUGCUCCGUGGCCCAGGUGUUCAUCCUGGGCUUGCCCUCCCGCAUUGCCUCUGUAUGGUUUGGGCCCAAAGAAGUGUCCACUGCUUGUGCCACCGCCGUGCUAGGCAAUCAGCUUGGCACUGCGGUUGGCUUCUUGCUACCACCAGUUUUAGUGCCCAACACACAGAAUAACACAAACCUCCUGGCUUGCAAUAUUAGCAUCAUGUUUUAUGGAACAUCAGCUGUGGCUACACUUUUAUUUAUUUUGACAGUAAUUGCAUUCAAAGAAAAACCUCAGUAUCCACCAAGUCAGGCUCAAGCAGCUCUUCAAGACAGUCCCCCUGAAGAUUACUCCUAUAAGAAAUCAAUCAAAAACCUGUUUAAAAACAUUCCUUUUGUCCUUCUGUUGAUCACUUAUGGUAUCAUGACUGGAGCAUUUUAUUCAGUCUCAACACUAUUAAGUCAAAUAAUACUGACAUAUUAUGAGGGGGAAGAAGUGAAUGCUGGAAGGAUUGGACUAACACUGGUAGUAGCUGGAAUGGUGGGCUCUAUUAUCUGUGGCUUUUGGCUGGAUUAUACUAAAACAUACAAACAGACUACUCUGAUAGUUUACAUUCUGUCUUUUAUUGGAAUGGUUGUAUUUACUUUCACAUUGGACCUUGGCUACAUCAUCGUCGUGUUUGUCACCGGAGGGGUGCUUGGUUUCUUCAUGACUGGUUACCUCCCCUUGGGUUUUGAAUUUGCUGCUGAAAUCACUUACCCUGAAUCUGAAGGUACUUCAUCUGGGCUUCUUAAUGCUGCCGCACAGAUAUUUGGAAUUUUGUUCACAUUGGCUCAAGGAAAGCUCACGUCAGACUAUAAUCCUAGAGCAGGGAACAUUUUCCUCUGUGUCUGGAUGUUCAUAGGCAUCAUUUUAACAGCAUUAAUCAAGUCUGAUCUGAGAAGACAUAACAUAAAUGUGGGAAUUACAAACGUCGAUAUCAAAGCGGUGCCAGUUGACAGUCCUACAGAUCAAGAACCAAAAGAUGUUACAUUGUCCAAGCAGUCAGAAUCAGCAAUUUGAAGUGAAAAGAAAAGUUACUAUCCUGCAGUAAUUGGGCUAGAGCGUGAACAUCCUUGGAGUGUUAUAUGAGCACUGUGGCUGCGUUAUAAGUAGUAGGGAAUGGAUACUUACUUGAAAAUUACUUUAAGAUCUCUAAAUGUAUAGUUAUUUUGCUUAUUCAUUUAAGCCAUGUUUAGCUUAAAAUACUUUUGUGUACAUCCUGUUAACACUACCAUUUAUCAAAUUAGUGUUGCAUUUAUAGUCUUACAUUGUGUCUGAAAGUAAGUUUCUUGACUUUUACUUCUCAAAAGUAGGUCUCUUUUUUUUUAUGAAAAAUGGAAGCUUAGGGGACUUUGUAAAAAGGAUAAUGUGGGGGUCCAUUCCCCAUAAGACACAUAAGAGAACAAGAAGUUUAUGCAUAAAAAAUACCCAGUGGAACCAAAUGUACCAAAUUGGCUACCUUUGUAUUCUGUUGACCAACUAAGUCACUUCAGUGAGAGUACAGGGUACUAACAUGAUGCUACAGUAUCGGGGUCAGACUUCCAGAUGACCUCUAAAAUUUUUCCCAUUUCUCACACAGUUGUUGCUUUGAAACAUAUACUGGCACUGGCCACAAAACCAAUUCUGUGCGCAGAUUCUGCCCAUGACUUUGGCCUUGGAAUUAUCUUCUGAUUAAGCUUUGGUGCCCAGAUAUGAGCUCACUGUCUUAAGUUCUUUCCCGUGCUGCCUUUCUAUGAAGAAGAAAUACUAACACUAUAUAUUUUUUUCACUCCAGCUUGAAA